GCGGCGAUGCUUUUUAUACCUGGAGAUUUUUGGGCAGUGGUGUCCCUCAGGCUCGCAGCCUUGAUUAUCCAUCUUUGUUUCUCCUCCCUUGACGGCCUUUGACAAUGACUUGGCCAGCAAGAGGAAAGAAGUAUACUUUGUUGCUACAGAUCGCAUCCAUUUCUGCUCUUGCUCUCUAUGGCUGGGAUGCCGGUAUAAUGGGAGGGAUCUUAAAUACUCCUCAAUUCGAUGGCCAAAUCUAUGCUGCCAACACGGAGGUGACCAGCUUCAUCUCCAGUGGCAUUUUAUUAGGCGAUAUCUUUGGGAGCGCUGCCAUUGCACCCUUAUCUUGGUCGGUCGGUCGUCGGGUAUCAAUUUUGCUUUCGUGCUGGGUUGCUCUCAUUGGAAUUAUUAUCCAAACUGCCUCUGUGAACUCCACAAUGAUGAUAGUCGGCCGUACUAUUCUUGGUUUCGGAAACGGUGCUAUUUCGGCUGCUGUCCCUGUAUUUGUUCACGAAAGCUCAGUGGGAAAAAACGCACGCAAUGCGGAUGAACGAACCACCCAGGUUAUGUGGAAUAUAGGACUAUCCGUCGCGGCUAUCUCUGUGGUAGCCUGGCUUGGAUUGGGUGUUUACAAGAGCCCAUUCUACAAUGGAUGGAGAGUUUUACUGUCAUCUCAAGCUAUCUUUGUUUUGGUACCCAUUAUCAUUUUCCACGGUGUUCUCGAAAGUCCCCGUUGGUUGUACGCAAAAGGCCGAAUUCAUGAUGGCGACGUGUCCCUGGAACGUCUAUGUGGGAAGUCCGUUUCGGAUCCUACUGUCAAGGCACAACGGGACGAGAUCCUAGCUGCCGUACGCUUGGAAGAUGCAGAUACCCGUAAGAUCACAAUGGCUUCCUUCUUUCGAAAAGAUGAAACCGAGACCAAGGUUGUCAAACGCAUCUGGAUUUCUUGGCUGCUUCAGGUUGGAAAGCCUUUCUUUGGAGGAAAUCUGAUUACCUACUAUGGAAAGUCUAUCAUAUCGACCUUACACUUUUCGGCAGACAUAACUGCGAUUGUAACGGCGGCCCUUAACUCAAUGGUUACCCUGGGUGUCAUUAUAAGCUUUUGGACAGUCCAAAGAUUCGGCCGGAAACAUAUACUUCUUUUUGGCUCCUUUGUUCAGGUCUCUGCCAUUCUUGUUUUUACUGUACUUGGUAAUCUUCCCGAUCGCAUGACAACAAAUGCAACUCGUUGGGCUCAAAUUGCCAUGCUGUUCUGGUUUGAAGCGGGUUCUGGGUUGUCAUGGAUUUGGAUGGUAUACCUGUAUGCCAUCGAGAUCGUUCCGACAUGUUAUAGAGGUCAAGCCGGUGGAAUAGGCAACGUUGGCGUUUGGACAAUGGCCUUUGUAUUCGUUUACAGCGGUCCCAUCGCUAUCCAAAGAGUCGGAAUCAAGUUCUUUAUUUUAUUCAUCUUUGGCGGAUCGAUUGUUACGGUACUCGUCGCCAUAUUCGUUAAGGAAACCAAAGGUCUAACGCUAGAAGAAAUCGAUCUUCUAUGGACAUCUGAAGAGUAUCGCAUUCGUAACAAGGAUGCCCAGUUUAUUGAGGACAACAUCAGCACUGAUUCGGAACACAAAUCUAUUGUUGGUAGUGAAGGUAUAAAUUGUGCAACUGAAAAGGUAGUAUAAAUGUUCCGAUCUACUUAUUAGAAAGCUGUUGGCGAAUUUGAUGCCGCUCAGUCGGCGAUUUCACUAUGAAAAACAAUUUUUUUGGAA